AUGGCAGGCUCACAGUUGAAAAGAUUAAAGGCAACAUUAAGAGCACAUGGACUCACUGGUGAAGAACAAAGAUUGAAAGCCUAUAAUGUUAAAAAACAACUGAAGAAUAGACGCGGAGGUAUCAAUGACAAAAGAUUUGGUGAAAGAGAUAGAAAUUUGACGGAAGAAGAGAAAAUGUUGGAGAGAUUCACUAGAGAAAAACAAAGUCAAUCCAAGAGAAAAUCAAAUCUAUAUAACCUAGAUGACGACGACGAAAACGAUGAAUAUGGAAACGAAUUCGAGAAUAAUCUAACUCAUCUGGGUAGUACUUUAUCAUACGAUAUGGAUGAAACCGAUAAUUUUGGUAGUGAUAACGAUGAAUUCUUUUCAACUAAAAAUAAUAAAAGGUCACACUAUGAAGAAGAUUCUUUAGGUUUUGAUAAUUUAACUGGUCCACCAAAGAAGAAGACUAAAGCUGAAGUUAUGCAGGAAAUCAUUGCUAAAUCCAAAUUCUAUAAACAAGAAAGACAAAAAGCUCAAAGAAAAUUAGAAGAUGAAAUUGAAAAUGUUGAUAAUGAAUUUGAUGAUGUUAUGGCUGAAUUAUUCGAUUCUAAUACCAGUGCUUUUCAAAAACCAGCUUCUAAUGAACCUAUUAUUGAAACUAAAUCAGAGAAGGAUAUUGAAUAUGAUAUGAAUGUGAAAAAAUUCUUAUUAGAUAAAAGAGCAGUCCCAGCUGAUAGAACUAAGACAGAAGAAGAAUUAUUAAAGGAGGCUGAGGAAAAGAAAAAAAGAUUAGAACAACAAAGAUUAGAUAGAAUGAACGGAAUUUUUGUUGAUGAGGAUGGUGAUGAAAGAGGUGUGGAAGAUUUAGAUGAUGGGUUCUGGGAAAGUGAAAUAGAGGACAAUUUUCCAAAUGAAGAAGACAUUAUUGCGGAUUCAGAUGAUGACGUUAAGUUUAAAGAAGAUGAUCAAGAACAAGAAACGACUAAUAGCAAAGAAAAAGAUAAUAUUGCAAGAAUAACAGUGAAUAAGUCUAUUUCAUGUCCAGAUGAUCAUGAGUCAUUAUUAAAUAUUUUAGAACAAUCCUCAUUAUCUGAUCAUCCAAAAAUUAUUAGAAAAAUUAUUAGAGAUCAUCAACCAAAAUUAGCUGAAGGUAAUAAAGAACGUCUAGGCAAAUUCACCGCUGUUCUUUUAAGACACAUCUUGUUUUUGGCUACCGAAGAUUAUUCAGAAAAUAUUGCAGAAUUCAGAAAAGUUCAAGAAUCCUUAAUAUCAAUUUUAAAAACAGUCUCUGAAAAAUACAAUAAAGAACUUUCCAAUGAAUGUAGAGUUAUAAUUAAAGAAAUUCAAGAAAAUUUUAAAAAUGAAAAUUUCAAAUCCCUCAAUAAUGAUGAUCUAAUGUUUUUCAUUCUUGUUGGCGCCAUUUUUUCAACAUCUGACCAUUAUCAUUUGGUGGCUACAUCCUGUGUAAUUUUAAUGGUUGAAUUUUUGGAACAAAUUAAGUUCAACAGUCUAUCUAAAAUUUCAUAUGCCAGUGUUAUUGUUAAUAUUCUUUCACAAUAUCAAAGAAUAUCAAAAAGAUACAUACCAGAAUUGGUUUUCUUCUAUGAAAAAAUUUUAGCGACAUUUAUCAACAUUGAUGAAACUAUGGCUAUCAGGAUAGAUACAGAUAAAUUGACUUUUAAAGAUGAUAUAAGAUUCGAUAACGAUGAUUCAUCUAUAAUACAUUUACAUGAUAUUUUCAAUGACCAAAUAAAUCAAUCUACAGAUUUUCAAAAAUCUGUUCUUUUGAAUAUUUUACAUUCAUUAGAUUCAACAAUCUCCAACAUUUGGAAAAAUCUACCUGCAUUUCCUGAAAUCAUAAUUAAUAUUAAAUCAGUUUUGUCUCAAUAUAUACGUAGAUUUGAGACUUUAACAAUAGCCAAAAACAUUUUCGAUAAAAUUAUCAAGUUAGAAAAAUUCCACAAACAUAUACCGUUAACAUUACAAAAUCACAAGCCACUAUCUAUUCCAUCAAAUGCGCCUAAAUUUGAAGAAAACUUCAACCCAGAUAAGAAAUCUUAUGACCCAGAUAGAACUAGAAAUGAAAUUAAUAAGAUGAAGGCCCAAAUCAAGAAGGAACGUAAGUUUACUAUGAAAGAAAUCCGUAAAGAUGCGAGAUUUGAAGCUAGGCAAAGAAUUGAAGAGAAGAAGAAAGCAAAUGAAGAAUAUCAUGCUAAGAUGGCCCGUAUCUAUAAUACUAUCAGUACUGAAGAAGGUGCAGAAAAAAACAAAUAUGAAAGAGAGAAAAAACUUCGUGCUGGCAAAAAGUAA